UCCUGGUAGCGUAGUGAGACAGUCAAAGCGGAAGUGCGAGGCGGCCGGGUUAAUUUUUUUUGCGGAAGAAGUAUCACUUUGGGACAAAAAGACGGACAUUUUAGCCGCGUUUUCGCCCUCAAUGAUGGCUCCCUGGCCUGGAGCCACGAUUCUGAUCGUCCUCUGCUUCUUCUUGACCGGAGAACAGGUGUUAGCCCAGGACUGUUCUGAUCUCUAUGAUAGUGGCCAAAGAGAUGAUGGUGUCUUCCCUGUAGGCAACCCUGCAUUCAGUGCUCUAUGUGAUAUGACCUAUGAUGGCGGUGGCUGGACUGUCAUACAGAAAAGAGAAACCGGUACCCCUUCUUUCGACAAACAAUGGAGUCAAUACACAGAUGGUUUUGGCUCUAUACAUACCGAAGACUUUUGGUUGGGUUUGGACAGAAUCCACCAACUCACUUCACAGAAAGCGUACAAACUCGCAGUGAAACUGGAAGACUGGAACGGCACAGUUGCAGAGGUGCAGUACUCUCAGUUCUCAGUAGGGGGCUACGACAGUAGCUACACCUUACAGAUAGGAGGCUACACUGGAACUACACCUGGGGACAGUCUAACCAUCUCUAACGGAGCAAAAUUUUCAACAAUGGAUCAGGAUAAUGAUGGAAAUGUGACUUAUAACUGUGCACAAUACAAUGGAAGAGGUGGCUGGUGGUAUCCUAUGUCUUGUGGCCAGGGCACGUUGAAUGGCUACUAUCUGACCGACUGCAAAGGGCAGUCCAGCACACCAGCAUGUAUGAAACAAGGACUAGUCUGGGCUACAUGGAGGGGACCAAGCUACUCACUCAAGAAGAGCACUAUGAUGAUCAAACCAGUCCUGCUUGCAGAGGCAUGUGGUGAUGGUUUCUAUGGUGAUGACUGCAGACCUUGUGGAUUGUGUGCUAACGGUGCUUUCUGUGACAAGUCUUCUGGGUACUGUCCCUACAACAGCCCUCGAUGUGGCCCAGGGUAUACGGGUAUACUAUGUCAGACAGAAUGUGGUGAUGGUUUUUAUGGUGAGGACUGCAGACAGCACUGUGGACACUGCUCCAAUGGUGGAGCCUGUUCCCAGACUUUUGGUUUCUGUCCUUCCACUACUGGGCCUCACUGUGCCCCAGGGUACCAGGGUGGACAAUGUCAGACAGCUUGUUCUGAGGGGAAGUUUGGUGCAGACUGUACCCAAACCUGCCACUGUAAAUUCCCAGAUGAAUGUAGCAUUGAGGAUGGGAGGUGUUUGUAUGGAGGGUGUGAGGAGGGGUGGACAGGGCAGUCUUGUCAGGAUGAUGUAGAUGAGUGUGUGAGCCAGCCGUGUAAGAACGGUGCCACCUGCGUAAACAUGCCACCUGCAGGCAGCGCCACCUACAGCUGUGACUGUGCACCUGGAUGGACUGGAACUAACUGCGAUGAAGAAGUAGAUGAGUGCCAGUCUAACCCCUGUACAGGAGGGACCUGUGUGGACAGAUUUAAUGGCUACAUGUGUACCUGCAGCAGUGGGAACAUCGGUGUUAAUUGUGACAUAGAUCCAGCCGUGCUUGUACCUGGUGACCUCCAGGCUGUCUCUGCCAGCAGUUACUGUGGGGAUGGACAGAUUCACCUGUCAUGGACGCCACCUACAGACCACCGCGCCGAUGUCACCGGUUACGACAUCAGCUACCACCCUGCCGGUACGGCUGGGUCACCUCAGGUCAUCAGUAAUGCAACAGCGGGGACCAGGUAUUUUCUGCAAAACCUCCAGUCCUACACGCGGUAUGAGUUCUCUGUGCGAGCUUUGGUCACCAACGGUGUGGGUGCCUGGCCUCGAUGGAAAACUGCACAGACAAACCCUGGCAAUCCGACACCAGUUAGGUCUCUACAGCUCCGUAACAUUUCUUCUACUGUCCUCCUGGCUACCUGGGAGGAACCAGAAGCCCUGAAUGGGCAACUGUUGUACUAUCAAGUGGAACUAUUCAGAGGCUUCAUAAAGGUUGCUGAUAACACAGUGAAUCCAGGAGACGCUCUGCGAGUUAACUAUGAGGGAUUGGUCCCAGCAACAGAAUACACAGUCAGAGUUGUUCCCUUCAAUCUUGGUCCUUGUAGAGGGACUGAAAGUAGAACCAACAUGACAACCAGUGAUGGACUACCCAGUGCUCCAAGAGGAGUAUAUCUGUCCAGAAGUCAGACUGCCUGUGUUGUACAGUGGGAUGUACCAAAGACUCCAAAUGGCACCAUCAUCAAAUACACGAUCUAUCUGACUGCCAUGUGGAUAGAUGCUCCCCCUGGUGCCCAGGCUGUGGAGUACAGCCAGGAUAACUUCAACCCUUACACCAGAAUGGGAACCUUCCCUCUGCGCUUCCUGAAACCAAACUCCAGGUACAGGUUCAACAUGACGGCAUCCACGUACGCAGGGCCGGGGGAGUUCAGCAGCUACACGGACAGUACCAGUAUGUGUGAGGUCCCACCUGGGAAACCCAUAACCCCCACUCCCCCAUCGAUGCCACAGACGGCUGAUGUCAUCAAGCACGACGGCUAUCCCAUAACGCUCUCACAGGUGUCGGAGAGGACAGGACCUGUGGAAUGUUACCAUGUGCUUGUUGUGGAGAUGACAGAUGAGAUGUCCCUGAGGACCCUGCCGAAUGUGGACCAGCUGAACGUGGUGUCUCAACAAGAGGCCGCUUCAUCAGGCAACAAUGUUACUGCCUAUGUGGCCAUGGCCUUCAAUAGGGAUGACUUUGUGGAAGACGUUUUCCUGGGUGAUGGUAGGAAGACAUCUUGUGCCGGCACUGGCAGAAGGAGGCGUGAACAGUCAGUACAGGACAUCUAUGAGGAAGUGUACACCAACUCUCCCCUCAAACCUGGUACAAGAUACACUGUAGUACACAGGGCUUAUGGCAGCAAGCCUCAGGAUGGCUCUCAGCCCCUCUACAGCAGCAGUGGUUACUCCCUGCCCAUCAUGACUGCGCCGUCCCCGGGUACCAACUGGAUGCUGAUCCUCAUCAUCCUCUGUUCAGCUGUGAUCGUCCUCAUCAUUCUUACUGUGUUGAUCCUUCUCAUCAGGAGGAGGUUGAACAACAAGGCAGCGGCUAAUAACGGCAUGCCUCACAUGAGGAGGUCCAAGAAGAGGAGUGGACUGAGAAACUCCUUCAGGAAGAGCGGUGGUCGAGACGAUGAGAUGCCUCUCCAUAGGGGUGCUGCGUACUACCCGCCCAUCCCCAUGGAGAGACUGGAGAAGGAGUUCAACCGUCGCCAUGCCAACGAUGACCAGCUGUUCCGUGAGGAGUACGACGCGCUGCCCCAGGAGCCGUCCGCGUCGUACGAGGCCUUCCUCAUGCCCGAGAACAGCAAGAAGAACAGAUUCGUCAACAUCUACAUGUACGACCACUCUCGUGUGCACCUGACCCCCAUCCCUGGAGUGGCAUGUUCUGACUACAUCAAUGCUAACUACGUGGAUGGCUACAAGCACCCCAAGAAGUUCAUCGCAGCUCAAGGGCCCAAGGAGGAAACCCUGCAGGACUUCUGGAGGAUGGUUUGGGAACAGAACACGGCAACUAUCGUCAUGGUAACCAAUGUCAAAGAGAAGAACAAGGUGAAGUGCAGCCAGUACUGGCCAGAUGCAGGGUCCAAGCAGUACGGAGACAUCACAGUGACGAGUGAGGAGACCUCCACUCUAGUGGAUUACAUCAUCAGGACUCUCACUCUUGAGAGGGGUGAGGAGUCCCGUACUCUACUCCACUUCCACUUCACCACCUGGCCGGACUUCGGUGUGCCCAAGAGUCCGCUGGGCAUGAUGAAGUUUGUGAGGAGAGUGAAGGCUGCCAACCCCGCCAACUCUGGGCCGAUAGUGGUGCACUGCAGCGCGGGAGUUGGUCGGACAGGCACGUUUAUCGUGAUUGACGCCAUGUUUGAAAUGAUCGCGGCGGAACAGAGGGUGGACGUGUUCGGGUUCGUUGGACAGAUCCGACAGAGCAGAUGCAUGAUGGUCCAGACAGAGGGCCAGUAUGUGUUUAUCUAUCAGGCCCUGCUGGAACACUUUCUGUACGGAGAUACUGAGAUCGAGGUGACCAACCUGCGCAGACACCUGCAGCAGCUGGCGGCCAAGCUACCGGACUCUCAGGACACUGGCAUGGAGGCUGAGUUCAAGAAACUGACCCAAAUCCCCAUUGAGAAACACAACAUGCGGUCUGGAAACCUUCCAGACAACAUCAAGAAAAACAGGGUGCUGCAAAUCUUGCCAUAUGACACAUCUAGAGUGUACAUCACCCCAACUGUGGGCAUGAAGAACUCAGACUACAUCAAUGCAGCCUUUGUUGAUGGCUACAGGGAAAAGGAUGCCUACAUUGCCACCCAAGGCCCCCUACCCCACACUGUGAAUGAUUUCUGGAAGAUGGUUUGGGAAUGGAAGUCCUGCUCGAUCAUCAUGCUGACAGAGUUGCAGGAGAGGGGCCAUGAAAAGUGCCAUAAGUACUGGCCAGGUGAAGUAGAGAUGUAUGGAGAUAUUUGUGUGGAGGCCAAGGGAGACAAAACCUUCCAGGACUACACAGUCCGCACCUUCCACAUCACCAACACAAAGACCCACAAGUUCCAGAAACAUCCUGAAGAGACAGAGGGGCUGCUGGAAAUGACGGCGUCCUGUCGCACAGUGCAGCAGUUCCACUUCCACGGCUGGCCUGAGAUCGGCAUCCCAGCCAACGCUGCCGGCAUGCUGGACUUGAUUGGUCAGGUGGAGAGGCAGCAGCAACAGUCUGGCAACGGACCAAUCACUGUUCACUGCAGUUCCGGUGCAGGCCGCACGGGGGCCUUCAUCACCCUGAGCACAGUGAUAGAGCGGGUGAAGGCAGAGGGCAUCUGUGAUGUUUUCCAAACUGUCAAAUCCAUGAGAUACCAGAGACCUCACAUGGUGCAAACAGUGGAACAGUACCAGUUCAUCUAUCAAGCCGUACUGGAGUACCUGGACAGUUUCACCCUCUAUGCAAACUUCAAGGACCUGCAAUAGCCUUGUCUGUGGCACACAGGCUCUUCACUGUUCAGGAGAUCUGUACUGUUUCUUUUCUUUUCUGAGUAGACUUGCCAUACUCUGCAGAGUGGCUGUAAACACACACACACACACACACACACACACACACACACACACACACACACACACACACACACACACACAAAUCACACUCACACAGAGUUCAGGGCCCUUAGAUAUAGACCUCUGACUCAAGGGAACAGUCAAAAAAAGAAACCCUCCUCCCCAAAAAGAUAUAACAAUCAUGAGAAGUCACAGUUUUGAUUUGAGCCACAACUGCAGAGCUCACGGCAACCAUAAAGUCAAACUUUGGAUUAAUCAAAUUUUAGUUGAUAAUGUGACCAAUAUUAGUAAGGUGACCAAUUCCCCCAGCAUACAUGUAGUUGCCAGCAUCAAGCAUCUACUUGUAGAGGACAGAUCAAAUUAGAGGGCCACUUGGAGUGCAAUUUCAUCAAGCUAGCGAUAGCCAUGCAGACUGGAACCAGCAGUUGUGUUGCAUCUUCUGUCAAGUAGCAUCCCACUGUUUCCUAAUAUGGGCAUUACAUACUGUUAAUGCCACAAGCAUACCUAUGCUCAUUAGCAUAAUGUAUGCAGA